AUGACUAGGAAGAAGGUGAAACUUGGCUUUAUCUGUGAUGAUUCAGCAAGGAAGGCAACCUAUAAGAAAAGAAAGAAGGGCAUUAUGAAGAAGGUGAGUGAACUCACCAUUCUUUGUGGUAUUCCAGCAUGUGCCAUAAUUUCAAAUCCUUUUGAUUCUAAAACAGAGGUGUGGCCAGAUAUAGCAGAAGCCAAGCAGAUUAUUGAGAGGUAUCAAAAUUCAUCUGUGAUUGAUGGGGCAAAAAAUGUGAACCAAGAGAGCUUCCUUUUGCAGAGGAUUACUAAAGCUAGGGAGCAACUUCGAAAGCAAAAACACGACAAUCAUGAGAAGGAGCUGACCGUUCGUAUGAUUGGGUACAUGAAAAACAAACAGUUGCCUGAUGAUUUAUCUGUUUCAGAUUUGAAACAAUUUGAUAAGCUAAUUGACAAAAAUCUGAAAGACCUUGAUAACAAAAUUGUUGAGCUCAAUUCAUUUGAUUAAUGUUGUCUUAAAUUUUAUGUUGUUGAGCUAUUGUUAGUUAGGUGU